AAAGUGUAGUGACUGUGGGCGAAUCGCAGCAGCCAACGGCGCGCAAACCGACGCGGGUGGAGCGGCCAAAUUAGGAACAAAGCUAAGAGAACGUCAGCCUCUCUGAAGAUCAGCAGUUCCAGAGCCCGAAGGACGGUUUAUUUUGGGACAAAAGGGGAUUAGAAAUAAACAGAGAUCCGUAGAGUGAUAUUUUUUGAAGUUUGACAUUUAACUAUAAAAAAAUCUCUCAGCGUGUCGCCCGCUUCCACCCGGCAUCAAAGGGAGAGGCUGCUGUUCCUGAGCUCUUGGUAGCGAAUGGAUUUGAGAAGCGGAGGCAAAUAGGGGUGGAGCGGUGGGAGACAGCAGCACAUACGAUUCCCGGCUUCUUAUCAGGAGAGUGAUCCAACGAGGACGGCUGAUCCCGAUCUUCAGUCAGGACCAGGGAGAAAGAAUCGAGACCACCUUCAGUCCAGGUCCCCGCUCGGCGCUGCCGUGUCGCACCAUGUCAACGAAAGCCACGAGCACCAACAGCACGGCUCAGGCGAGGAAACUCGUGGAGCAGCUCCGCAUCGAGUCUGGGAUCGAGAGGGUAAAGAUCUCAAAGGCUGCCGCAGAGCUGGUGCGAUACUGUGAGGAACAUGCACUGAGUGACCCUCUGCUGAGGCCGAUACCCACCUCCGACAACCCUUUCAAGGAUAAGAAGCCCUGCGUCCUGCUCUAGACCUCCCUCCUCCCCUCUGCGGGACGCAGCAAAACCGUUCUC